AUGGAAGGAGACGCGGCAGAGGAGCAUUGGCAGGUCAAGCGCCCGGCGGAGGACGACGCGGAGGGGUCGGCGUCGGCGAAGCGGCCGAAGCCGCCGCCGAGUCCCACAGAGUGGUGGAAAGACGAGACCACGGCGUCGCUCAUCGGCGUGCGCGAGGAGCAGGCCACGCUGUAUGACCCCAGGCGGCGGAACUUCCGCUGCUGCCGCGGCUUCGACCGUAACGUGUGCGAGCCUGCCGUCUUCGACCACGAAGAAGAAUCAACGGCUCGAAUCGCGCGGCCGCUCGACACGAUCCCGGAUUCUGAAUUAGACCAUCUGAAACUCGCGCUGAACGUCAUUCAUGUGAAGGUGUUAGCCUCGGAUGUCGGUUUCCCGAUCAGUGCCUAUGGGACUGUGCUGAUGAGAGAUGACCUGGACUUCAAAUGCAUCUACCUCUUCCAACCUGGCAGAGACAACUGCCAGGUCAUCAAUUCUCCGGGUGACAUGCUAGCUUUGACGGGGCCUAAUCGAGGGCCGUUCGAGGCGGAUACCUUUUAUUUCGAGAUCAACUUGAAGGUCAGGGGCGAAGAGCAAACUAUGGACAGAAUCUUUAGUAGGAGCUUGAUUGACGAAGAUUAUCCUCUUGGUCCACGAACUAAGGAUGUGUUUGGAACUGCUCCGCUUCAGGUUUUGUAG